AUGUGCCGGCGUUCGUCGCGCAUCCUGCGCCGGCUGGACUGGUUCGGCCGGCUCGCGUUCCAGGACUCGACCGUGCUGCCGGAGGAGGAGCUCCCGGUGUCGCGCGAGACCUCGAUGGAGGGGAUGCCGAUGAGGACGAAGGAGGGCGGCGUGCUCGUCGGCUUCCCGGCCGUGCGCCGGGCGCUGCGCCGGACGCCGCUCGGGUUCAUCCCCGCGGUGCUGCUGUACGUGCCCGGCGUGUCGUGGUGCGGGGCGCGCGUGUACGCGUUCAUCGCGGCGCGGCGUGGGCGGGAUGUGUGCGCGGUGGAGCUGUAG